CGAACCGCCGAAAUUAUAGUUAGUGACCCCCAACGGAUACUCCGAAAUACACUCUCGAAACUAAACGUUGCGCCGCUAUACCGUGGCAGGAACUGCCACUUUCGUGUUACUCGCGGGGGACGAAGAUGAUUCGGAGGUGCCGCUAACGAACCGCCGAGGGGUCCCUCCGGGAUCGCCCAAGGGGGGACCGUCGUCGUCAGACAAUCCUUCGGGCUCUGUCAAGCGAUCUUGAGGGGGAGACGCGUUUCGGGCAGAGAGACACAAGAUCAUCUCCGGCUAUUGAUAGCUUGUUUUAAGUGAAGUGUUUGAGGAGGAGAACCUGGCGAACAUUUGUUCCCGUUCUCGAUGGAACUGCGUUUGCACGUCGAAGUGAUUAUGCGAGAGUUUAGUGUCCGACGACGAAGGUGAUAUAUAUCGUGUAAAACGUGAUAGACGAUUUAUGUACGCGUAGCUCGGAUACACGGAUAAAAGAUACAUAAGAGUCGCCAAAGUACUUGUGAUGUAGAGCCGAACGUUAGAAGAUAAAAAAUUUUAGAAGAGAAAAUCUCAAAACUGUGUUUCGGCCCGCGUCUUCGUCGGAAAAAUUUCUCUUCCACACACAACGAUUAUGUCGAACAAAAAUAACAAUCUAUUUAUUAAGAACGUUAAGAUCGAAAGAAGAAUAAAAAGCACGCUUCCCGAAUUCAUAUGAUAAUAAUACAUUAUUCAAUAAAAAAAAAAAAAAAAAAAAGAAGUCGAGGAAAAACUUUAAGUCAAAAGUUUUGAGAUUAUAUCACGCCGAUAUAAUAGAAAGAAGAGUCAUUAUAGAAUUAAAACGAAGUAAUCUCGAAUAUAGAAGUCCGGAAAAAAAAAACAAUUGGGAAUAUAAUCGGAAUAACAAUCCGGAAAAAGAAUCUGUAUUCUCGCGCGGAGAUUGAUCGCAGGCCGAUUCCGAGUCUGAUUUCCUGAGAGAGAAGCCAAAGUGCGAUCUUGAAAAAAAUGUUGGCGAGAUUCUACAGAUUCAACGGGUAAAAAACCGAAUGGAAGGAUGUUUCAUCCGGUGUUUUGACUGCCUAUGGAUAUAUUCGGCCGUUGCAACGGCGGUGGCAGCGGAAGCACGGUAGCCGGAAGCAGCGGCGCUGGCUCGGUGAGAACGUCCAGCAACGAGUCCGCUGGUGGUGGUGGUGGCGGCGGCACGUCGAGCGGUACCAGCGAGAGCGGCAGCAGCGCGAGCAGCAGGAUGCAGUUGACAGGAGCCUCGGCUCCUGGCGCGGCCGCCUCGCCGGAGUCUGGCGUCUCUCCGUUGACCGAUGCCUACACCAAGAUGACCAGCGACAUCCUCGCCGAGAGGACUCUGGGCGACUUCGUCAGCGAGCAUCCUGGCGAGCUAGUUAGAACGGGGUCACCGCACUUGGUCUGCACCGUCCUGCCCGCACACUGGAGAUCCAACAAAACUCUUCCGGUGGCUUUCAAGGUCGUGGCUCUUGGCGAGGUGGGCGACGGUACUCUCGUUACGGUUCGCGCUGGAAACGACGAGAACUGCUGCGCCGAGCUUAGAAAUUCAACGGCUUUGAUGAAGAAUCAAGUCGCUAAAUUUAACGACUUGAGGUUCGUCGGCAGAAGCGGAAGGGGUAAGAGUUUCACGUUAACAAUAACAGUGUCGACGACGCCGCCUCAAGUCGCUACAUACACCAAAGCGAUCAAAGUGACCGUGGACGGGCCGCGUGAGCCGCGAUCCAAGACCAUGCUGUCUCUUUUAGGGCAACAGCAACAGUUCCAUGCCUUCGCGUUCGCUUCGCAACGAGGCGGUCCGUUCUUCGCGUCGCCUCUUGUGGAUCCGCUGCAACCUCUGCCAAAUCCGUUGCAACCGUUACCGAAUCCGCUUCAGCCGAGAGAUCCGUUGUCUUCUUUCAGACACGCGAUGCCUGGUAAUUGUCAGAAUAUGUCUCAGUUCGGGCUGACAGCGAGCAAUUCUUGGGGGUACGGCAGCACGGCCGGUUACGCCGGUUAUCUUCCGGGUCCUCUGUCGUCGUGCGCCGCACAGGCGUCGUUCCCACCUCCGCCGCCACCUCCUCCACCACCACCGCCGUCGUCGACGUUGGCGUCUUUCGCCGGCACGGCAUCCAUGAGCACGCCGACGGCACCAGAUUCGACGGCAGGCUCGACCGUUUCAUCCGGAACUGGCAAUACCGCCAAUACGCAACAACAGGAUGCAUUUUCCGCGGUCUCCUCUCUCGUACCGGAUACCACGACACCAGGCCAAUCCGAUCCGUUGGAUCCGCUGAGCAGCCUCAUGACGGGCAGCACGUCCAGCCAGAGGUAUCAAGAUUACGUGUCGCCCAGAUCGCUGUCAACCGACUCAAGCACCACCGAAAGUCCGGUGCACGAAGAGCAGGGUUUCGGACAGAAUUACGGCAACUACUUUCCGACGCCGGGCGUGUUGCCGAGUAUUCUCUACUCCCAACUCUACGGGAAUCAAUUUCAAAAUUCCGAGAGCGCCGAGCAGAGAACCGUGGCGGACAGUUGCAGCGUGAGGCAAGAAGAAGUCAGACCGGACAACAACGUAUGGAGACCGUACUGAGAGACAAACGAUUUCUUAUCCGCAUUAUCGAUUCGACCGCUGGAAGAAGCUGGAAAACUUUUGGAGAACGAGAGGAAAGUAAAGGAUCUCGCGCUCUUUCGGGAAUCGUCUGUUGCUGCUUGAAAAGUUCGAUCGAUGUGAUCGGUAGUGUGACCAUGGUGAUAAUUAAAAAAAAAAAAACAAUCCUCGUCGAGGAGAUGAUUCUCUCGACGGGGCGAAACUAUAGCACUUAAUAGCGGGCAUUAAAAAACAAACUCAAUCCGGAGAGAACUCGAGGCGAGGAGGUCCGUUUUUCCGGUGAGCUUCGGGAAGUAAGAAUUCUUUUACCGGUUGUGUCUCACGCCAACGAAAAUUUUAGGGGAGUGAAUGGAGCUCGGGAGGAAUUUGUAAUUAUAUGUGCGAACGCGAGAGAAAUAUAGUGUUAGUCACAGUGCGUGCGAGAAAGAGCGAGCGCGAGAGUGUGAAAGUGAUAAUGACGACGAUGAUAAUUAAUGAUAUAUCCGCAGAAUGUAUAUAUGUGUACAUAGCUAGACCAUUGUCGUUUCAUCGAGUCAUUAUCCGCUGUCGUUCCGAGCGACGCGACGCGCUAAUUUAUUUCAUCGAUUACGUUUUCAUAGUAUAAUUGCGACUCUCUCUGACCUGCGUGCUGGCGGCGGGGAUUUGUGCAAUAUUGUCGAGAUUCGACGUCUGCAAUCAAGCGCUUUCUUUUUUUUUAAAUCUGUAAAUAUACGUAAUCUUCCAACGUUGCGCGUUCAUUUUUUCUCUUCGACCCGCGUUUUUUCCGCUCCAAAAAAAAAGAAAAAAAAAGAACCAUCUUUCGGACUGAAGAAAUCCGGCUCCGCGCUUUCGGCAAGAUAUUUCGCUGCGACCUUCAGUUAUCUCGAAAAAAAAAAAAAAAAAAUCGACCGAAAGGCUGUCACGUGCGGUCACGUUCGGGUCAGGUCGACGAUAAGAUCGAAAUGAGUUUCGAUUCGCAUGUGCGAGG